AUGUACAUAUUUAGAUACAUAACAACACAAUCAACACUUCUCAUUCUACUUUCCAUCCUUGUACUAACUUCAUCUCAAGCAUCACAAGGAGGCAUCCACAUAAGUCUCAUCCAUCGCGACUCCUCCUUGUCACCUCUAUAUAAUCCCGAAGAGAGCCCUUAUGACCGCGUUAGGCAUUCCUUCGUGAGGUCAAAAGCGCGACUUUCUUAUCUGAUUGACAUGGCAGAUAAUAUAGAUAAUUUUCAAGCAAAAAACGAGGUAGAUGAUGGUGAAUACCUUGUAAAAUUUUCCAUUGGAACCCCUCCAGUUCAAAUGUUUGCUGUUAUGGACACUGCUAGUAAGCUAGUAUUGACUCGCAAUUACAACAAAACAAUGUCCUUAACCUACAAUAACAUAAGUUGCAACUCUUCUAAGUGUACGCUUUUACCUAAAAAUGCUUGUGAUUCUUCCAACAUGUGUACUUUCACUAAUGACUAUUCAGACUUCUCUCACUCAAACACUAUUCUUGGAAGUGAUAUCUUCACAUUCGAGACUUCAAAUGGCGAAGUCUUUCCUCUAACAGAUGUCAUUUUUGGAAGUGAACAUGAUCAUACAAGUACAUAUACAAAUUACAAUGGAAUUUUUGGUCUAGGACUCCAUAAUUUAUCCAUGAUAAUGCAAAUGAGUCCAAUAACCGAGCCUAAGUUCACUUAUUGCUUAGGCAACAUUAGUGAUCCUGAAGCAGAUAACCGUUUGGUGUUAGGAAAUGGCGUCUUCCUAGAAGGCCAAACGACUUCUUUGAAGGUGAUCGAGGGGAGGUACAAUCUAGUGGUUGAAGGUUUAAGUAUAGGAAAAAGGAGGCUGCUGAUUCCACCGGAGAUUUUCCAGGUAAGUCCAGCAGGUGGUGGUGUGAUCAUCGAUGCUGGAACAACUUUGACAUUUCUUGCACCAUAUGCAUACUAUCAGCUGGUGGGGGAAUUGGAGAGGGAACUUGGACUGACCAUGGUGUUAUGGCCUGAUCCUCCGUAUGAGCGAUGUUAUAAUGGAAAAUUAAGCGAUCUAAACAAUUUUCGAGAGGUGAUUUUUCAUCUCGAAAGAGGAGUGAACGUUGCUUUGGAUGUUCCGAAUUUGUUCUUGCAGGUGGAGGAUGGUAUGUUCUGUUUUGCAGUGUUGCCAAGUCCUACAGGAGGAGCUUCUGUUUUAGGGAGUUUGUUUCAACAGUCUUAUAGUGUUGGUUAUGAUCUAAGGGAAAUGUUAGUUUCUUUUCAAAGAAUAGAAUGCGAGCUUAUUGAGAAACAUAUACCUUAG